AUGGCAGACAUCCAACCAACCAAAACCAUCACCUACAAAACCAUCGACAAGCUCGAGAUCCCCCUGGACAUCUAUCUCCCCUCCACCCCCUCAAACUCUCCCAUCCUCAUCUGGUUCCACGGCGGAGGCCUCCUCCAAGGCCACAGAGGCCAAUUAGCACCAUGGAUGCGCAAAGCCCCAGAAAAAUACCACAUCGCCGUCAUCUCCGCCGACUACCGGCUCGCACCUCAAGCCACAGUCUCAGAAAUCUGCGACGACGUCCUCGACUGCCUAAACUUCAUCCGCUCACAACUCUCCUCCCACCUCCCCGAAGGCUCCAUCGACACCAGCAAACUCGCAGUCUCAGGCUCUUCCGCAGGAGGCUACCUCACCCUCCUCACAGGCCUCUAUGCAGAUCCAAAACCAACCGUCAUCCUACCGAUUUACCCCAUCACAGAUCCUUUGGGGACAUUCUUUACGAAUCCCCAGCCACCGCCUUUCGGACGCACGAUCCCUCCGCGCGAGGAUUUGGCGGAGUUUUUGGAUCCCGGUGCCCCGCAAGUUGCCAAUAAUCCGGUCGAUGGCGUUCGCCAAAUGAUGUAUACGCGAAUGUUGCAUGAUGCGAAUUUGGCCAGGUUGUGGAAAGUCCCGGAUGGGGUUGCGGCGAAUAAGUGGAGGCUGUCGAGGAAUGUUUUUGAGUGUCGUUCGCCGCCGGCGUAUUUUAUGAUGGGGGAUGCUGAUACUUGUGUCGGCGUCGAGCAGGGUGAUGAAGUUGUUGGCGCUAUGCUCGGCUGUGGUCUCGAGGUUGUAUACGAGCGAGUACACGGAAAAGACCACCUCUUCGAUAUUGGGCCGGAGUAUGACAAUGAACCAUUCUACCAGUUCAUGCUCAAGCACUUCAAGUAG